AUGGCCACUACUGGAGGCGCAUUCAUUGCAGGUGGCAUUGCAGCAUGCGGUGCAGUCACCGUCACUCACAGUUUCGAGACAGUCAAGAUCCGGCUUCAACUGCAGGGUGAAUUGCAGAACAAGAGCCAGGCAGUCAAGAAGUACAAGGGCGUGCUACAUGGCGUGAAGGUCAUUUUACAAAACGAAGGACCUCGGGGGCUGUUCCGCGGUAUUGGAUCUGCUUAUGUCUACCAGGUCCUGCUCAACGGCUGCCGUCUAGGCUUCUAUGAGCCUAUUCGCUCGAACCUCACAAAUGCUCUUUACAAUGAUCCUACAGUCCAGUCUCUCGGUGCCAACGUCGUUGCAGGAGCUGCUUCAGGCGUUAUUGGAGCUGCGGCUGGCUCGCCCUUCUUCCUUGUGAAGACCCGUCUUCAAUCCAACUCGCCGUUCCUCCCUGUCGGCACUCAGCAUAACUACAAGAACUCAUGGGAUGGCCUUAGCAAAAUCUACAAGGGAGAGGGCAUCCGGGGUAUCUACCGUGGUGUUGAUGCAGCUAUGAUCCGCACCAGCUUCGGCAGUUCCGUGCAGCUCCCUACAUACUUCUUUGUCAAGCGCCGUCUGACUCGCCACCUUGAUAUGAAGGAGGGCCCUGCCUUGCAUCUGGCGAGUAGUGCCGCUUCUGGUUUCGUUGUUUGCUGCGUUAUGCACCCUCCUGACACGAUCAUGGCCCGUAUGUACAACCAGACUGGCAACCUCUAUGGAGGUGUUUUCGACUGUCUGUUCAAGACGAUCCGCACCGAGGGUCCCCUUGCCAUUUACAAGGGCUUCUUCGCCCAUCUGGCCCGCAUCCUGCCCCACACUAUCUUGACUCUGAGUCUGGCGGAGCAGACCAACAAGCUGAUGCGCCGUGUGGAGGACCGGAUCCUGCCCGACUCCUUCCGUGAGGGAAUCUAA